AUGAACAAAACUCACAUGGAUAAAAGACUGAAUCAAUUGCCAACUUGGUUGUGGACUAGUUCCACCACAUUACCACCGAUCUACAAGAUGGUAUGGGAAGCAGUGAGAGAAGACGAAGUUAGGACAAAUGGAAUGCAGACCGAGCUACUGGUUGACACCAACAAGGUCUUUCCCUUAUUGCUCACUAGCCAGUUGCCUACAGAGGUUCUCGGACACAUAUGGAACUUGGCUAAUCAAAAGUAUGCGGGUCAACUCACUGAGCAAGAGCUGUAUAUUGUUCUUGCUCUUGUUGCUGCGGCACAGGCUUCUUACACGUUUAACAGCUUAGACAUAUUACAUUUACUUCCAUUUCCACCCACUCCGUACUUAAAUAUCGACUGUUUAAUGAAUCUACAGCCUGUAACCCAGUUAAAUUCAGCAGCAAAGUUUCAAAAUCUUCAGGAGAACACCGAAAUUGGAUUUAUUGGAUCUGAUGGAAGAUAUUCCUUGGAAACUGGAAAGGGAAAAAUGAAAUUACAUCAGCAAGGGAUUAUAUCUUCAGACUUAAAUGCGCAAAUGAUAAAUAAUGUACCUGGAAAAAUUACAUGUUUUGAUAAUAAGUCUUACGUCUCUUCUAUUGGAAUAUGGGAUACCAAUAAUGAGUUGAAAGAUAUAAAUCAAACUUCCCAUUCACAAUUAAAUUUUAAACAUCCACCGGCAGCAGAUUUGUGCGACGAUUUUUCUGAGUUUCAAAGCGCUCCAAUUUCCAACAUUCCCAAUAUCCCAAAUUGGGACAUAAAGCAGGGUUCGGCUAUUGGAAGCAGACUUGCAAAUCAUAAUCUAGGUAUUAAAAAACCAAUGGAGAAAUCUAAGAAGAAUAAUAUAAAUGCUAAAUCUGCUCAUGGCACUACUCAUAUUACUUCUAUACCAUUAACUAUAACUCAGAGUAAAGAUCAGUCAACGCUAGAUUGUUUGUCAGAAUUAUUUCCUAAGUGUACAAUAAAGAAUCAAUCUAAAACAGUAAUUCUUAAGGAUACAGUGAUAAGAAAUAAUGAUCCGCCCAAGGACCAUAGUGAGAAUGUGAAAGAUUAUACAAAUACAGAAAUUGUAAAUGUAACUAAUGACAAAGAUGUGUUGAAUAAAUUAGAGUGGAUGGAUAAGGCUUCAUCAACAACAUUGGAACAAGAUCUUAUGAAUCUCCAACUUGUUGAAGAUAAAUAUAGUGCCUUGCGUGCAUUGGUUCAAGAAACAGCUGUGUCAACUGAACCAGAUGCAAGUGCAAGUUACAGCAGUCAAUCAACUGACGAAUUUGGAGAAUUUGUGUCUGCAGAACAACCUGCUAUAAAUACUCCUGCCACAAAUGCUUUAAAUACCGAUAGUUUUGCUGAUAUUUUUACAGAUUUUGAGUUUAAAUCUAAUAAUAAUAAUGCAAACACAGCAGAUUUUAACCUCAUGCCAGAUAUUUCUGAAUCAUUUGACAAUCUUAAGCUUGAAGAUAAUGUAGAAGACCGUUCCUUAGAAAUAGGGAAAGCUCUUCAGAAGGAAGAUGCCAUAUCAAUUAAUAGUAUAGAAUUCGUGAAUGGUGCAUCAAAUGCAUUAACUCGAUCAGGAUCUGUGCCUAGUUUAGAUCUUAAGUCUUUCUUACCUUCCACUACAGAAGAUGAGCAAACAAUGGAUACUACACAUCAGUCAGAAUAUUGGGAAUGGAAGCAAUACAUGGAGAGCUGUGUAUUAUUAUUACAAGUAGCUGCAAAUAUAUUUACAAACAUUAGUUCAGAACUUGUAUUGCACGAAGUUUUAAAUUCAGCACAAGGAUACAAUUUUCUAUGCAACUUAGCGGAAGUUGCAGCUGUUUGCAGACGGGUUAAUUUUUCGUACAAAGAAAUGGAUAUCAAUAUAAUAGGUUUUGAUGAAUUAUUAAUGGAUAUUGAUCGAAUUUGGGCAGAGAUGGAACCGUUUUAUGCAAACAUACCAAUCGUUACAGAAUUACCAGCUUGGCCUUUACAUCAAGGUGAAGCUAUUUGUUGUUCGCUUUGUUUAACAGUUAUUACUAGUGGCAGAGCAAUGUAUAAUGAAAAUAAUUAUCAUGUUACUUGUGCUAAUCUAUGGCUUAAUUGUGUAAACAGUAACUUGCCCGUGAUGCGACAUCCAAUUUAUUCUCAUUCUAAUAUAUGUACAGGUAAUAAUCACAUUUGA